UUCAAUGUGGACGAGAAUUGGAAAAAUAAAUGCUUGACAUCGGCAAGUGCGAAAUGGCGUCAACAUAAGUGUAAUUUGUAUAAAAAUCACAUUGUACCGUUCCUUGAUCAGCCCGAACGGUUGUAUCAUCCUCCAUCUGAUUACAGAAUUGAUAAGGAAGAUUGGAAGGAUUUUGUCAUUAGUCGUAUGUCAGAAGAAUCUCGGAAAAAAAGUGAAGAGCUAAAGGAGAAGCAAAGACAAAAUAUAUACCCCCACCGUAUUUCACGCAAGGGAUAUGCCGGCUUACGUGAAGAAAUGAAGGAGCAAUUGACAGGUGAUCAAGAGAAUGAUAGAGCACUUUUGUGGAAGCAAGCACGAGCAAAUAAGAAAGGGGAGUUCGAUGGUGAACUGUUGACAAAAACAGUUCUAAAGAUUGAUGAGUACCUACGACAAAAGCAUGAGGGUAUGUUUUGUAGUAGUGGACCAAGUGACGAUGUCCUCACACAAGCACUCGAGAAGCCCGAACAUUCUGGUCGUGUGAGGGGUGUUGGUUGUUAUGUUACUCCAACAACAUAUUUUAAGAAAAGUGAAAGUGGAAUGGGGAAUGUGGUGCAAGAAAUGAAGGAGGAGUUUGGGAAACAAAUGGCCGAGAUGAAUGCGAAAAUCCUAGAGCUCCAGCAACAGGUUAUGAUGAAAGAGAGUGAGGAGAAAGGCAGUUGUUCUGUCAAGAAUGAAAAUGAUGUUGAGGAUGAGGAUGAGGAUGAGGAUGAUAUUGAAGAAGUUCCUCGUGACAAAGUCGUGCCAUUUGUCAAAGCACCAAAAGCUAAGUCAAGAAGACCUCAUGUAAGGGAGCCAAUGAAGUUGACGGCGACGGAUAUACCAAUGUCAUUAAAGAUGUUGCACAAAUACGCAAGUGUUGCACUCUUUGAUGGAUUCACAAUUAAAGGAAGCGUGGAUCCGCUUGUCUUCGGUCAUGAUCUAGAAGUUUUAAUUGGAUUUGAUGACAUUCAUCAUAUGUGUGAAUUGGAGGCUCUCGCAGCAUCGUGCAUAUGUAUGUACAUGUGGUACUUAUACAAGGAAUAUGAGAAUUCAGGCAUUCUUGAUACAAUUCGAUUUGUUGAUCCAUAUGAUAUAUCACACAAUCCUAAUGUUGCCCAAGCUAAAAAAGCGAGUAUUGUAGGCCAGAGGUUGAUUGGUACCAAAACUGAUCAACUUGUUUUAUUGCCAUGUAACGUAGGUUGGCAUUGGGUCCUCAUGAUGGUCUAUCCCCAUAAGGAGACGGUAUAUGUGUUGGAUCCAUUGACUGACAGUUUUCAUGUUGAGGAGUGGAAGAGCAUUAUGACGACAGCCAUAAAAAUGUUCAACAUGAGCAUAGGAGUAAGGGGGAGACAGAAUCUUUUGUGGGAAGUGAUCGAUAGUCCACAACAACCUGAUGGGAAACAGUGUGGAUUCUAUGUUAUGCGAUACAUGAGAGAUGUUAUUGAUAAUAUUGUAUCUGAUCACUCUCUCCCAAUAACUACACUGUUUGCAGGAGGAUGCUACUCCAAAAAGGAAAUUGAUGAAGUAAGGAUAGAGUGGGCAGAAUUUGUAUGUAAAAUCACAGAUGAGUGAUGAUGGAUGGUGUAACUUGCUUGGUUUGCAGUUAUGUUUCAAUUAGUAGGAUGAUGAUGUUUGGAUUCUAAUGUAAUGUAGGAUGAUGAUGUUUGGAUUCUAAUGUAAUGUAGGGAUGAUGAUGUUGGAUUAUAAUGUAUGAAUUUUAUUAUUAAUUUAUGUAUUUUUAGUAUUUCA